CACCACUCGACCACAACGAACCCAACAUCAAUAAUCAUCUCCUCCCAUCUUCAUUGCUCGACUUGUGAAUCCGCUACGCGCGCAGUCUUCCCGGCUUAUAUUGAACCCCUCCGACCCCUUUCGCUGCUUCCGCCCUCCCGCAAUCACACCAGCCCCGCCCAACGCCGAACAUGUCGCUGGACAACGACCGCGAGCUCGCGCGGCUCUGGCGCGUGUCCAAGACGGUGCACGAGAUGAUCCGUGAUCGCGGCUACGAAGUGGCAGACUACGAAAUCAAUACACGCUUCGAGGACUUCAAGGACCUGUACAGCGGCGGCGGCGGAGUCGACCGCGGGCGGAUGAACUUCCACGCCGACCACGCCGAGGACAGGUCAAACAGGAUAUACAUCCACUUCUGCCCCGAGAAAAACGUGUCCAAGGCGGCCAUGAAGACCUUCAUCACGUCGCUGGAUGCUGCAGGCGCCAAGCGCGGGAUCAUUGUUUGGAGCGAGAAGAUGAGCCCGGCCGCGAAGAAGACGCUGCUUGAGAUGCAGAGCGAGUACCACCUCGAGGACUUCCCCGAGUCGGAUCUGCUCGUGAACAUUACAAAGCAUGUUCUUGUGCCUAAGCACACGAUUAUGACCAGUCAGGAGAAGACGGAACUGAUCAAGCGCUACCGCCUGAAGGAUACCCAGCUUCCGCGCAUCAUGGUGACGGACCCCGUUGCGCGCUACUACGGCAUGCGGCGAGGACAGGUUAUGCGCAUCGAGCGCUCGUCCGAGACGGCAGGACGGUACAUCACAUACCGUAUCUGUAUGUAGGCCCGCAGGAGACGGUGUCUGGCUCCAGGGCAUGAUGUGGAUGGAUGCAUUGUAUGAUAGGCG